AUGACGCACGUCAUGGAAGAGGCCGACAUAUACAAGUUCCUCACAGAGGUUGAAGGCUCGAGGCGCCGUAGCAGAGCAUACCUCGAAGCUUGUCGCCGCGCGGGCCCUGCCCAUGGUCAAGAAGAUGAUAGCGCGACCGUCACCACAGACAGCCACGCCGAUGACGCAACCAGUGCAAACGGGCAAUCCGUCCCCGACGUCGGGUCGGCGUCAGCCUCCUCUGUCGAGGCACCCGCUCCGCUACUGUGCGACCUCGUCAGCAUAGGCGCCUGCGACGCCCGCUUCCGUGCCCACGAGCAGGAGGAGUGGAUAGACCACGUCCUGUCGCACAUGGGCGGCACGUAUCCGGACAACGGCGUCUGCUGGUUCUGCUGGGAGCAGUUCCCCCGCGACCGCGCCGACGGGGACCAUCCCGCCGCUCACUUCGUCCGGCGUCUGCGUCACCUGGCCACUCACCUGCUCGAUCCCGGGCAAAGAGAGCUCGUCAUCAGGCCCGACUUCCACUUCGUCGAGCACGCCGUCCGGCAUCACAUGGUCGGCAGGGACGUCCUCGACGCCGCCAGGUCGUACAACGAGGUGCCUCUGCCGAGGGGCAUCACCUUCACGCUGCCCCCGGAAAGGCACCGUCGAGGGGCCCGCUCCGAGGCCGGCGUGUUGGUGAUCGAGAGUCGCCGUCGGGGGGUGGGUGAUGGGAGGAGGGUGGCUGAAUACCAGUUCCAUCGUCGCCGUCAUUGA